AUUUGUUAUCUGAGAAGUUUAAAGUAGAAAAAGAAAAUAAAAACAAAAAAUAAUAAUAAUAAUAAUAUAACAAAAUAAACAUAAUAAUAUUAUAAAAAAACAAUUGAUAUUUUUUUUUAAUUGUCGCUUUAUUAUUAUUCCCAUUUUUUUUCUAUAAAUACACGUAUGUAUGUAAAUUAUAUAUUGUUAAGAGAAGGCAUAUAAUUAAAUAAAAAAAGGCAAAAUAUCAUAAUAUAUAAAAAAUAAGGUGAUAACGUCGUUAAUUUUUUUUUAAUAUUAAUGCUUCAGCGAAUAUAAACAAAAAAGAAAAAAAAUAAACAUAAAUAAAAAAGAAUAAAAUAUGAGAGGGGCAACAAUUGCAGCAUUUCUGACAACAUUUAUAAUAUUAGAUUUGCGAUUUUAUGGAACUGAAGCUAAAAUAUUUACAAGAUGUCAAUUAGCAAAAGAAUUACUUAAACAUGAUUUUCCACGAACUUUCUUAUCAAAUUGGGUAUGCUUAGUCGAAAAUGAGAGCGGAAGGAGUACAUCAAAAGUAAUGCAACAACCGAAUUUAAGUGUCAGUUAUGGUCUUUUCCAGAUAAAUAAUAAAACUUGGUGCCGGAAGGGCCGUAAAGGCGGUCUCUGUAAUACAAAAUGUGAAGAUUUUUUGAAUGAUGAUAUUCAAGAUGAUGCCAAGUGUGCCAAAUUAAUUUUCAAUCAAAAAGGAUUCCAAAACUGGCCCGGUUGGGUUAAUAAAUGUCGGGGGAGGAAUUUACCAGAUGUAUCAAGAUGUUAAAUAAAUUAAAGAAGAAAGAACAAAGAAAAGAACAAAAUAAAACUGAACUAAGGACUUUAAGGACUUUUAUUAUAUUAUAGUAUAUAAAAAAUUUUUAUUUAUUAGAAUUUAAUUUUGAAUAAUGUUUAGAUUAAAUAUUCGAUAUUUAUGUAAUAAGAAAAUUAUAUGUACAUAUAUAUAUAAAAUAUGUUAUACCUAUUGAUUUUUAUUAAUAAAAUUGUAUUUUUAAAAUUCUUAA